AUGACUGAAUGUCGUGAGUACGAUCCCGAACAAUCUUCCCGGAAGAAAAGGAUCGCUCCUCAAGUCUGGGAUGAAAUGCGUCCUCUCAUAUUGGAGCUUUAUCUUACCGAGCAACGCACGGGUUUGAGGCGAGGUCAGAAUACAUUUCUGUCACAGAAGGACGUUUUACUGACAUUUUUGAGUACCCGGCAAUACACGUUCGCUUUAAAGAAAUGGAAAGUUACCAAGAACACCCCCGGCCGUGUCAAGCGCAGCGCCGCCAGAAAGCUCCACGAGAAUCCCAAGCGGCAUGGCUUUCAAUACAAGCAAAGGGCGCUCUCGCCAUUGGACAUCAGUCGGUGCCCUAUUCGUUAUCCUGGUUUCGAUCCAGCGUCUAGCCCAACAGCAUCGACUCCGUCUCAGAUGACCUGGGAGACUGCUACCAAUGCCAGCAUGACUCCUCGAGCUGCAUCGCCUCGGGCGUCGGCGGCUGAUAACAAGCAAUCGGAUUCCAUAGACUUGAAAAAGAUGACAGAUGCGAUGCUGGAUUUGUCGCAUGAGCAAGCGCAGGGAAGUGUGCAAGACCUGGCUCGAACACCUGAAGCCAGGACUCUAAUUUCGGGAAUUGAAGAACAGGUCGUCACUAGCUCACACCGCCAGGGCUGGAACACCGACAGUCAAUUCGCAAGACUGAAAUGGCGGCUAGAGCUCCUCCUUGACAACUUGGAGGCUGGGAAGACCGUUGAGUAUUCUGAUAUUGAGUCGUGUGAACUCUGGCUGUCAGUCUUUGAACCCUCGAGGAAGUCGGAGGAAAACCUGAUUUCGCUUUUCAAGGACAUAUUGACCAGGAUCAAAGCUAUGGAACGUAUGAAACGUCAGUCCUUAUCAAGCGACACAGGUUCCUGUCUUAAAAGGCGCAAAAUGUCACUGUGUCUCUAA